AUGGGGAAGCGACGGUAUAAUGCUAAGGCGCGACAAGUGGUGAAAACUAACAUCGACAAUACGCAAACAAAUGAGAUCAAAGUAGAAUUUCAAAACAAAGAAUAUGGCUCGUCAGAUGCAAGCAACCUCCUGGUGUUACCAACCAAAAAGCGUCAGACAAAAAUUGUUAAAGAUAAACAUGAGAAAAUCAGAAUUUUAUCCAAACAACAGAGAAAAAAGUUGGAGAAAAUUGUUGAUAAGCGAAAGAAAAAAGAGAAUAGAGCUGCCCUCCUGGAAUCCCUUUCACAAGUUCAAGCCACUCCUGAUGAAGUGAAACAAAUGACAACCAUCUCUGCAAUGCAGACUAUUGGUUUGAGGAAACUCGUUGAUUAUGGACUUGACUCUCCAGUACAGGAGAGUGCUGGCAAGAAUGAAACUAAGAAAUUUAGUAGCAUAGCUGGAGCUAAAAAACGUCUUCGUCUUUUGAAAAUGGAUUUGGAGAAGUCAAAAAAAGCAAAAUAUGAUCCAAAUGUUGUUGGUCUAGAUCAGUCAUCAUCGGAUGAGGAAAGCAUAGAUUCUGACAGCGAAGAAGAGAAUGUUGUCAAAGUGGUAGAAAAUGGUGGAAAUGAAGUUGAAAAUGAGGAUAUAGUGAUUGAGAAUGGAAAAGAUGGAGUUGACACUAAAAUAGAAACAGAUAGGAAUGUUAUGGAUCAAAUAGAUUUAACAAAAUCUGACAAUGACAAUUUAAACAAAUUAAUAAAAGAAAAUACAAAAAUGGACAAAAAUGCAGAAACUAAAUUAAAAACAGAUACAAAAGAUUCUUUAUUGGCACCAACAAAGCAUAUUGAAGUGAAAAGAGACCCUAAAAUACAGGUAGCAAGAUUGAAAUUGCCUAUUCUGGGCGAAGAACAAAGAGUGAUGGAGUUGAUUAAUGAAAAUGAAUUUUUAAUUGUGGCUGGUGAAACAGGCAGUGGAAAAACAACUCAAAUACCCCAGUUUCUAUACGAAGCUGGAUACGCCGAAACCAAAAUGAUAGCAAUAACAGAGCCACGUCGAGUAGCUACUGUAGCCAUGUCUUCACGAGUCGCCUAUGAAUUAGGAUUGACCAGUAAAGAAGUGUCAUAUCUGAUGCGUUUUGAGGGGAAUGUUAGUAAAGAUACGAAGAUUAAAUUUAUGACUGAUGGUGUCCUCCUUAAGGAAAUUCAAUCCGACUUCCUAUUAAGCAAGUAUUCAGUGGUGAUAAUCGAUGAAGCGCAUGAACGAAGUGUCUAUACAGAUAUUCUAAUAGGUUUAUUGUCCAGAAUAGUCCCUCUGAGGAGGAAGAGAGGGAAUCCUCUGAGGUUGAUUAUUAUGUCUGCAACAUUGCGAGUUGAAGAUUUUACAGAAAACAGUAGAUUGUUCAAGGAACCUCCGCCUCUCAUUAAGAUUGACUCUAGGCAGUUUCCAGUGACAGUGCAUUUCAACAAGCACACAUACAAUAACUAUUUAAAGGAAGCAUUCAAGAAGACGGUUAAAAUACACACACGACUGCCUGAAGGGGGCAUUCUCAUUUUCGUCACGGGUCAGCAUGAGGUGAGGUACCUAGUCCGCAAGUUAAAAUCAUCGUUCCCGUACCGCAAAGACGUGGACUACUCCAAGCAGAUAUCGAAGACCAAGAAUGUCGCCGAGGCAGACGCUGCCUUGGAUUCGGAACCUGACGAUAUACAAUCUGACGAUGAUGAGGCACUUCUCUUCCAAAAAUAUUGUGAAGAAGAUUUGCUAACUCCAGAGAUAAAAUCUUGCCGCCAGCCCCUAUGGGUAUUACCUCUAUACUCCAUGCUCAGUUCAUCGAAACAAGCAAAAGUGUUUUACCCACCGCCAGUGGGCGCAAGACUGUGCAUUGUUAGCACUGAUGUGGCGGAGACCUCACUUACUAUACCCGCCAUUAAAUAUGUAGUUGAUACUGGAAAGAAGAAAAUGAAGGUGUACGACCAUACAACAGGCGCAAGCGCCUGGCGCGUCGUGUGGACAUCGCAGGCCAGCGCGGAGCAAAGAGCGGGUCGAGCUGGGCGUACUGGUCCGGGACAUUCAUACAGACUUUAUAGUAGUGCAGUGUACCAACAUGACUGUCCUCCACACCACCCACCUGACUUGUGUCGAAGACCUGUUGACGAUUUGGUUCUGCAGAUGAAGUGUAUGGGCAUUGAUAAGGUGGUAAACUUUCCGUUCCCCACGGCACCGGAUCGUUUGCAGCUUCGUCUUGCCGAAAAGCGUCUCGAAAUAUUGGGUAUUUUGACGAAACCCGAAUGCAGCAGCAAAAGGAAAGACAAUGAAGAGGUGCUAAAGGUAACAGCACUGGGUAAGGCAGUGUCUGCCUUCCCGCUGCUUCCACGCUACGGGAAAAUGCUCGCGUUGAGUCAUCAACAGAACCUCUUACCGUACACCAUUGCUUUGGUCUCUGCACUCACUGUUCCUGAAGUAAUGACGGGCAAGUCAGACUGUUGGCCCGCGACUGGCAACUUGCUACUACUGGGAGACCCGGGCGUACUUUUGCGAGCCGUCGGCGCGGCCGAGUUCGCACACGUCAAAGGCGAAGAAGAACUCUUCUGCGCUAAGUAUGGAUUGAGGGAGAAGGCAAUCAAAGAAAUCCGGAAGCUUCGUAAGCAACUGAGUUCUGAAAUCAGUCUGAGCGUGGCGGGUGUAGACGUUACCAUCGACCCGGAGAUGAAGCCUCCUGAUGACAACCAAGCAAGGUUGUUGCGGCAAUUGUUGCUUAGUGGACUGGGAGACCAAGUCGGCAGGAAGAUUGGUCUUAAUGAAGUCAAAGAGGGGGAAGACAAGCGUAAAUUCAAAUACGCCUAUCACUGCGGUGAACUGGACGAACCAGUCCAUCUCCACUCUGAAUCGAUUCUUCGAAAGACUAUACCCGAAUGGGUGAUAUACCAGGAACUCUAUGAGACUGGUGCUGAAGAUAGAAGAAAGAUGGUCAUGAGAAACGUGACAGCCAUUGAGCCGGAAUGGUUGCCUGUUUAUGUGCCUCACUUGUGUAAUUUAGGUGAACCUCUAUCAGAUCCCGAACCGCGCUACGAUGAGAAGUCGGGGAGAGUGAAGUGCCAUUUCAAAGGCACCUUCGGCAAGGCCGGCUGGGAGCUGCCUACCGUCGAAAUUGACUUUCCCGACAAGAUUGAACGAUAUCGGUGGUUUGCAAAAUUCGUUCUAGAAGGUUCAGUGUUCCCGAAAUUGCGUAAAUACACAAGCUCUUUGCUCUCACCUCCAUCUACAAUGGUCAAAAGCUGGGCGAAGUUACAACCCAGAAUAGAAGUACUGCUCAAAGCUUUUAUUAUGAAAAGGAUUGGCACUAGAGAUGAUUUGAAGAACAUUUGGCAAGAGCAGUCUAAUUAUUUAUUAGACGAAUAUUUAAAAUGGCUGCCGGAGUCUGCGCACAACGAAGCUACAUUAUAUUGGCCACCUUUGUAA